UUUAAUUUACAUAUAUAAUAAAAAUAAAUAAAAAAAUAAAUAAAAUGUCAAAUAUUACAGGUGAUGAUGAGGGGAGUUUCUCCUCAGGUGAAGUCCAACAACAGCAACAAGAAAAACACUCACUCCCCUCCACCACCAGCAAUGGCUCCUCCACCUCCCACCACCGCAAACAACCCCCACCCUCGCCGCCGGCAGCCUCUGCAUCAGCAGCUAAGAAGAAACGAAAUUUACCAGGAAAUCCAGAUCCGACGGCAGAAGUAGUAGCACUAUCGCCAACAACGCUAAUGGCGACGAACAGAUUCGUGUGCGAAAUAUGCAACAAAGGGUUCCAAAGGGACCAAAAUCUGCAGCUACACAGAAGGGGUCACAAUCUGCCGUGGAAGCUAAGGCAACGAAGCACGACCGAGGUUAGAAAGCGCGUUUACAUCUGCCCCGAGCCGACAUGCGUGCACCACAAUCCGGCACGUGCAUUGGGAGAUCUGACUGGGAUAAAGAAGCACUUUAGCAGGAAACACGGCGAGAAGAAAUGGAAGUGCGAUAAAUGCUCGAAGAAGUACGCUGUCCAAUCCGAUUGGAAGGCUCACCAGAAGACAUGUGGGACCAGGGAAUACAAAUGUGAUUGUGGUACUAUUUUCUCCAGGAGAGAUAGCUUCAUUACUCACCGUGCAUUCUGCGAUGCACUCGCCGAAGAAAACAGCAAAGUUAAUCACCAUGGCAUAAUAUCGGGGCAAUCCCAACUGCCUGAUCUAAUCAUGCCAAACAUUCCCUUGUCUACAAAUGCAAACAUGGGAUUACCCGAGUUCAACAACAACAACAACCCACUUAAAUCACUUCCUCAAGAACUCAUACCAACUCCAUUCAAGCCCAUGAACAUGUUCUCCACCGCUUCAGGUGCCCUGUUUGGCACCCCGUUAUCGUCUUCCGGACUCCACCUCAGCUCCAACGCCGCCUCACCGGGCUAUAACCCGGGCCCUGCUUCCGGUUCGGCCCACAUGUCGGCCACGGCCUUGUUGCAGAAGGCGGCCCAAAUGGGCGCCUCCGCAACCAACUCCAUGAACUCCCCCAUGAUCCAGAAGACCUUCGUCACCACCAUGGCCGGCCCGGAUCAAGGACCCGGCCCAGUAUCCAGGCCCACAUAUGACAACAACUUCCACCACCACCACCAUGGCGGCCAACACGAGCAAGCGCCGCCGCCUUUCAACGGAGGAGGAGGAUUUGCGGGUCAGCUGUUAUUCGAGGGCGGCGGCUCGGCCAUGAGCGACAUGAUGAUGUACGGGGGAAUGCUGAUGGGCGGCGGCAACGGCGAUCAGAACUCGCCUGCUGCCGGAAUAUUCUUGAAGAAUGCGGUGGAAGUGCAGGAGGGUAGUGAUCAGAGCUGUGGGAUUUUGCAAGGAAGGAACAACGGUGGUAAUAAUGGUAUGAUGAUGGGGGCAAGAAAUCUGGCGAGAUUUGGAGGAGGGAACGAUAUGACGACCGUCGAUUUCAUGGGAGUGGGGGGUUCUAAUAAUAUGCAUGAUCAGAGAUUGGAGAUGGAUCAUAAUCAUCAACACCAGAUUAUGCAAUUAAUGCAUAAUAAUCCUUUUCAUAAUCAGCAGCAGCAGCAGCAGCAACAGCAGCUCUCCCAAGGAGAUUCUGAUCAUGGUGGUGAAAAGCCACUCUACAACACAUUCUAAUUAUGGAGGGAUGGGAUUUUACAUGCACUUAAAUUAUAUAUGUAUUAGUUUCAAAAUAACAGUGAUUAGGAAUUUUCCUUUUGUCAAUUUUCUUUUCUUGCAGUUUAUUUAUUUGAUCAGCUAAUAAUCAUUAGAUACGAUGUUUGUUGGAAUCGAUUAAAGAUCGUGUAUUUAAAUGCUUUCAAAUAUGCAGAAAUAGAAGCAACAGAUUUCCAAUUACUACAAUGUUAGCUGGAAAUUGCAACGGUAAACAUGCUAAGAUCGAAAACUCUACAUUACUCAGCAUAGCAUCAGUAUUUUCUUGUCACCGAAUAUGAUAUA